GAAAUCGGAAUAAAUUGUCAAAAGCGGAAACCAACUGACGUAAAAGUCAGUAAACAUUUUUUCAGCACCCUCCCGGAUUGACUGUUGUCUCGCGCACGGUUAACGACUCGGUCCCCAUUCGUUGGACUCCUCAUAUCGUGACAUUUAAAAUUAGCUUAUAGCUUUAGCUCUUGUUAGCUUAGCCGCGCUCGCUGCUUUGAUGGGAGCCCACCGAGCAGAGGGAGACCGGGACUGGAUGCAACAGGACGGCCCGGAACACAAUCGGAACCCAUGGAACCUGAUGAUAAAACAUCGACACAUUCACAGGAGAGGAAGGCGAUCACAAAUGACAGUCAGUUACACAGACCCUCAGGUGUCCAUGGACCUUCUGAGGGCGGUCCUACAGCCCAGCUUCAACGAUGACAUCAUGGCUGUGUUCAGGAAAUACCACAAGUUCUUUGAAAAGGCUGCGGAGAACGUUAAGGAGAACGUUGGAGAGGAAGUCCAGACUGAUCAGCUGAUCAAGGAGGCCUGCAGAAAUGUUCUGGAACACGCCAAACUAUUGUUUCCAGAAAGCGAAGUGAAGAAGUCUAGCUCAGAGGCGGCGGUCAAGAGGUCCAGAGAAGACACCUGCAGUCAGAGAGGAAGCCCCGUUCCCAAAAAGAGGAAAAACCGUAGCGGCGCUGCGGCGAUGUCCGAUCGCCCUUUGACCUUCUCCAGUCACAUCAAGAUCAAGUCAGAAGCCAUCAAGAGAGACGGACCUAAAUGGAACCCGUCCAGGUUGAGUGACAGCAGCACGUUUGUUCUGGGCUCCAGAGCCAACAAGGCGCUCGGGAUGGGCGGGACUAGAGGUCGGAUUUACAUCAAACAUGCUGACCUGUUUAAGUAUGCGGCAGACACAAAGGACAAGCAGUGGCUGGCUGAGCGUCACCACAUGAGGGCGACGGGGGGAAAGAUGGCAUACCUGCUGAUUGAGGAGGACAUCCAGGAUCUGUCUCGCAGUGACGAGUACAAGGACUGUCCCGACGUCAAGAUGGACGAGAUGAAGCCGUUCACGGUGCCCCAGUGGAUGGUGGAAAAGAUGCAGAGAGCCAUGGAAGCUCAGAGAGACACUGACCUUUGACCCACACACCGGCUUCAUAACUGAUCGUGUGACUAGAAGGGGUGUCCAAAGUGUGGUCCAGCCACAGCUCCUUUCUUAUUGGCGCAGGACACGGUUAAACAUGGCCUGCAUUAGGACAUUACACAGACAAAACUAAAACGCCUGUGCAUCUUAGCGGUGUCAGCCAACCACACCAAUGAGAGUCAAAGUCUUUAUUUACAGAAAAAAAAUAUUUCAAGGUGAGGACAGGUGAAGUGAUGUUUUGGGCGCAAGCUGACGGAGAUUAUCACUCGAUGCCUUCUUGUUUGUCUUUGAUGGCUACUCUGAAGCGCUCCUCCAGCAGAGACAACUCACUGAUGAGGUCAGUGAUGGCAUUCGUAAAGGCUUCCUGUCCAAAAAAAAAAGCCUCUUCAAACUCUGCAGUGUAUGUGAGUACAGUAACCCACAGGAGCAAUCACAUAACAGCAACGCUUGGAAAUGAUCUAAAACUAAACACACACAUACAACAAGAAAAUGCUGCAAUUGCAUUAAAAGUUUGGCAUUCCUGAUAAGCCUGGCAACCUUCCAUUUUGUUCUGUUGCACUUGUUUUAAUGGCGUUGGUGUGCUUUUGGGUUUUGGAUUAUUUCUGUAUUUCAACAUGUUUGUAUGCAUGUUACCUGUGGACUGUAGUCAGAUGUUGUCUGCACUCGGAUGACAAUCUUGUGCUCCAGAGGAUGUGGAACUUUAUAACCAGCAAAGAGAACCUGGGGAUCCUUGAGCAGCUGCCUGCAGAAAAAACACGCGUAAUGAUACAAUCAUUAGAAUUCAAUGCAAUGUUGUAAGUUAUCAAAUGAUUUAAUCGCCAAUGUGAGCAGCACCUAAGAGUAAAGUUUUACAGUGGAAGGUUAGCUUGUUGUUAGCUU